CGACUCUCUAUCAAAGAUUUUGAAUUUAUACAUAAAGAUGUGUUUGCUAAAGGCGCCUUUGGAAAGGUGACGAUCGUCAGACAUAAGGAUCAAAUCUAUGCCAUGAAAAUACUCAAUAAAUCUUACUUGAUUUCUCAAAUGGACCGCUCGUCUCCAAUGGACGAACGACUUGUGUUGGCCAAAAACGAUGAAUGGAUACCUAAGCUCUACGCAUCCUUCCAGGAUGGUCAGUAUCUAUACCUUGUCAUGGAAUACGCGCCUGGUGGUGAUUUACAGGGCCUGAUGGAAAGAAGAAACUUCAAGUUUACAGAAGAAGAAGCCAAAUUUUAUAUAGCAGAGUUAGUUCUGGCUGUCGAACGAAUUCAUCAAUGGGGUUAUAUGCACCGAGAUAUAAAGCCUGGAAACAUUCUGAUUGAUCGACAUGGACAUAUUAAGCUCGGUGACUUGGGCUCAUGCAUUCCUAUCAAUACCAAGUACCCGCUGUUGAUGGUGGGAACAAUGUCAUAUGUAUCACCAGAGAUGUGUAGCUCCGAAGGAUUUGAUUCCUCUCUUGGACCUGCUUAUGGCCCGGAAUCAGAUUGGUGGUCUGUGGGCGUAGUUCUUUACGAACUACUGUAUGGCAUACCUCCAUUUACUGGAAAAGACAUUCAAAUACAAAUCAAGUUGAUGGAUCCAAAAGUGAAUGUUCAAUUUGACGACUCUAUCCAAGCAUCAUCUGAAGCCAAAGAUUUACUGUCAAAGUUGUUGCACAAGUCAGACAAGUGCAGAUUAGGUCAUAACGGAGCAGAAGAAAUCAAGUCUCACCCGUUCUUCAAAGAUGUUCAGUGGCAAAGUAUACGUACCUCGACUACACCGCCGUUUGUUCCACCCAUC